AUGAAUGUUUGGCUUUUCAUCCUCUGUCCUCACUCCCACGUUUGUUUCUUUCAUCUUCCAGGGCUGAUCCUUCGAAGRUGCAUUUUAGAUGAGGAAGGCAUAGCUUACUGGGAUCCUCCAACGUACAUCAAGUGUGUUUCUAUCGAUUACAGGAACAUACAGAUGAUGGCCAGGGAACACCUUGCCAAAGCUCAGCRUGGGUUAAUGGGAGAUGGGCUGUCAGACGUGCUCCAGAACCUUGUGGAAAUCUCCCAGGAUGGGACCAGCUACAGCGGGGACCUGCUGUCCACCAUGGACGUACUCAGGAACAUGACAGAGAUCUUCCGUAGGGCUUAUCACAGCCCAACUUCUGGGGAUGUGCAGAACUUCGUCCAGAUCAUCAGCAACCUUUUGUCGGAGGAAAACCGGGAAAAAUGGGAGGAAGCUCAGCUGAUAGGACCAAACGCCAAGGAGCUGUUCAGGCUCGUGGAGGAUUUCAUUGAUGUCAUCGGCUUUCGCAUGAAAGAUUUCCGGGAUUCCUACCAAGUCACGGACAAUCUGGUCCUUGGCAUUCACAAACUGCCUGCGAACGCAGCGACCGACAUCACCUUCCCCAUGAAAGGCUGGAGGGGAAUGGUGGACUGGGCCAAGAACUCGGAGGACAAGGUGACUGUCUCCAAGAACAUCCUGUCUUCAGGGCUCUCAGUGUCGGACGACUCCUCCGUCUUCGUGGUUGGGACYGUGCUGUACCGGAACGUGGGCAACAUCCUCUCCCUGCAGAGGGUGAUAGUGGGGCUGUGA